AUGCCCAAUGCAUUCAAGUCCACCAGUGGCUAUCCAAGUCCACCAGUGGCCAUCCAAGAACACCAGAGGCCGUCGAAGUCUGCCAUUGGCCAUCCAAGUCCACCAGUGGCCACCCAAGUCCACCAGAGGCCGUCCAAGUCCAUCAGUGGCCAUCCAAGUCCACCAGUGACCGUCCAAGUCCAUCAGUGGCAGUCCAAGUCCAUCAAUGGUGUGGCCAUCCAAGUCCACCAGUGGAUGUCCAAGCCCACCAGUGGACAUACAAGUCCACCAGUGGCCAUCCAAGUCUAUCAGUGGCAGUCCAAGUCCACCAGUGGCAAUCCAAGUCUACGAGUGGUAGUCCAAGUCCACCAGUGGCCAUCCAAAUCCACCAGUGGCUGUCCAAGUCCACCAGUGGCCAUUCAAGUCCAUCAGUGGCAGUCCAAGUUCAUCAGUGGUAGUCCAAGUCCACCAGUGGCCAUCCAAGUCCAUCAGUGGUGGUCCAAGUCCACCAGUGGCCUUUCAAGUCCAUCAGUGGCCGUCCAAGUCCACCAGUGGCCAUCCAAGUCCAUCAGUGGCAGUCCAAGUCCACCAGUGGCCUUCCAAGUCCAUCAGUGGCCAUCCAACCCACCAGUGGCUGUGCAAGUCCACCAGUGGCAGUCCAAGUCCACGAGUGGCCUUCCAAGUCCACCAGUGGCUGUCCAAGUCCAUCAGUGGCAAUCCAAGUACACGAGUGGUAGUCCAAGUCCACCAGUUGCCAUCCAAAUCCACCAGUGGCUGUCCAAGCCCAUCAGUGGCCAUCCAAGUCCACCAGUGGCAGUCCAAGUCCACCAGUGGCCAUCCAAGUCCACCAGUGGUAGUCCAAGUCCAUCAGUGGCAGUCCAAGUCCACCAGUGGCUGUCCAAGUCCACCAGUGGCCGUCCAAGUCUACCAAUUGCCAUGCAAGUUCACCAGUGGCAGUCCAAGUCCAUCAGUGGCAGUCCAAGUCCACCAGUGGCCAUCCAAGUCCAUCAGUGGCAGUCCAAGUCCAUCAGUGGCUGUCUAAGUCCACCAGUGGCCGUCCAAGUCCACCAGUGGCCAUCCAAGUCCAUCAGUGGCAGUCCAAGUCCAUCAGUGGCAGUCCAAGUCCACCAGUGGCCGUCCAAGUCUAUCAACUGCAAUUCAAGUCCACCAGUGGCCAUCCAAUGGCUGUCCAAGUCCAUCAGUGACUGUCCAAGUCCACCAGUGGCCGUCCAAGUUCAUCAGCAGCAAUCCAAGUCCACCAGUGGCCCUCCAAGUCCACCAGUGGCCAUCCAAGUCCAUUACUGGCAGUCCAAGUCCAUCAGUGGCUGUCCAAGUCCAUCAGUGGCUGUCCAAGUCCACCAGUGGCCUUCCAAUUCCAUCAGUGGCAGUUCAAGUCCACCAGUGGCCUUCCAAGUCCACCAGUUACCACUGGUCCAAAUCCACCAGUGGCCAUCCAAGUCCAUCAGUGGCAGUCUAAGUCCACUAGUGGCCAACCAAGUCUACCAGUGGCAGUCCAAGUCCACCAGUGGCCAUCCAAGUCCAUCAGUGGCAGUCCAAGUCCACCAGUGGCCAACCAAGUCCACCAGUGGCAGUCCAAGUCUAUCAGUGGACAUCCAAGUCCAUGAGUGGCCUUCCAAGUCCACCAGUGGCCAUCCAAGUCCACCAUUGGCAGUCCAAGACAACGGUGACCAUCCAAGUCCAUCAGUGGCAGUCCAAGUCCACCAGUUGCCAUCCAAGUCCACCAUUGGCAGUCCAAGACAACAGUGGCCGUUCAAGUCCAUCAGUGGCAGUCCAAGUUCAUCAGUGGUAGUCCAAGUCCAACAGUGGCCAUCCAAGUCCACCAGUGGCUGUCCAAGUCCACCAGUGGCUGUCUAA